GGCUUAGGUUUGGGAGGAGAGGAGCAGUACGAAUACAAUUGGCGGUGAGUUGUGGAAUCCAAAAGAGCAAAGGUUAUUGUGAACCAGUGUGUCAGGCUCAAGAGGAGGCCCCUCCCCACUCCAAGUGAAUACCAACAUCUGCAUGCCUCAACAUCUGUGCACUCUGACAUCUACUGGAACCCCAACAUCUAUGUGCCUCGGCAUCUGCAAACCCUGACAUCUACUGGGGCCUGGAUCUCUUGUUUCUCCACAUCUGCACACUGUAGCAUCUACUGGGGCCUAACCUCUGUGGGCCUCCACAUCUGUGCACCCUGACAUCGACUGGGGUCCCAACAUCUGUGCACCUUGACAUCUAUUGGAGCCCUGACCUCUACUCCUCAACAUCUGCAUAUGGUAACAUCUACUGGGACCCUGGCAUCUGUGUACCCCAACAUCUCCAUUCUCUAGGCAGAGCGCAGUAUGGUGCAGAUACAAUAGUCUCUAGCACUGAGCAAUUGGUAAUUAGCACCCCCACCCUGUUCUCAGUUGCUCAGAGACAAAAAAGCUUGGAGAAGACCACUGCUAGCCCACUUGCUAGAGAAACCAGGGAAAGAGGACACCCUGCAAAGUGUGGUAAGGUGUGGAGGACCCCUAGGAGCUGUCGUGGCAAAAAAUAGCCAUGACCAGCCAAUUUAAGUUACCACAUUACACAGCCCAAAGCAGCCCUGCGAUGGGUAUGUUUAAUACCUCCAUGGGGAAACUGCAGCAACAACUGUACAAGGGGGAGUAUAGUAUAUUCAAGUAUGCACCAAUGUUUGAGAGUGACUUUAUACAGGUCAGCAAAAAAGGAGAAGUGAUUGAUGUGCACAACCGUGCCCGAAUGGUAACUGUGGGCAUCGUUCGCACCAGCCCCCACCUCACACUACCUGAUGUCAUGCUGCUGGCCCGACCAGCUGCCAUGUGUGAUGACUAUAACAGAUAUGGCCCUGCCACCCCGGAAAAAGGUUACAAGCCUACACAGAUCUUAGAGCUAACCAGGCUGCUUCCCUUGAAGUUUGUAACGAUAUCCAUCCAUAAUGGUAAAAAGCAACAGCUCCACCUGAAGCUUGCCACUGGCCGCUCUUUUUACCUUCAGCUGUGUCCCCCUUCCAACACAAGAGAUCUUUUUGUCCACUGGGAAAACCUCGUUUACAUUCUGAGACCACCAGUAGAGGCUUACAGUGGUUCCCAGGCCAUCCCAGUUGGGAACACACUGGACAUAACUGGGUUUGAAGAGAAGAACAAGAGCCCAGGGGCAAAUGUCAUUCAUGUCUAUGGAAGGGAUCAAGAUCAAGUUGGCAUCAAGACUCUUCACAUGAACCCUACAGUAUUUGGGACCACCUAUUAUGGUUAUGCUGGGGAGGAAUGAAUUCAUCAAGCCUCCCACACAUACUGCAUUCAAGAGUUCACAUACUUCUGCAGUCACAAAGCCUAUAGCAUUUGAUAAAAGGGCAGGGAUGGCGACAGGAGCAGCCUUUACAGAUCCAGGAGGAAGCACAGCUAGAAUAGCCACAAUGGGUGCAUUCAACAUGUCUUAAUACUAUUGUUAGCAAGGGCUGCAAGCCUUUCUUGUCUUGAGAGGGUACUUCCAGCACAUCAGUAGGAGACACUGGCCUCUUCCCAGAGGGCAGAAUAAAUAUGGU